AGUCUCGACCUUUGAAAGCAAAACACUGACAGCAGCCCCCUGGCAACUCGGAGCUGGGAAAGGAUCCAGGAGGCUGUACCUCGGGGUGGCACGGAGUGUCCCGGUCGCUUCUCCGGAACCUGGGAUAGGUGGAUCUAGAAGCAACGCCGCGGAGCUUGGCCAGAGUCAGAAGACACGCCCUCGCCCUUCUGCUUGGGAGAGACACACGAGCUGCCUCUUUCUCGGGGAACCUGAGGAGAAGGCUGUGAAUCAAGCAAAAGAGCCCAGAGAACGCAGUUUGCUGAAGAGGAGACCUGGAAAGCUGCUGGAAGGAGGUGGACCCUGGGAGAGAUGGCUUCCAGCCUGCACCCUGCCUAGCAGCAGCCCCAGCACCCGGCCAGGCAAGAUGUGCCACUAGACAGCCAUGGACAGGGCCCACAGCGCAGGUCUGCAGCUGCAGCAGCUCCCACCGACCAGCAGCUCCAUGAGCCUGAGCAGCAGCGAGGCCUCCUUCUCCUACAAGGAAAACUUGAUUGGCGCUCUCUUGGCGAUUUUCGGGCACCUCGUGGUCAGCAUCGCCCUUAACCUGCAGAAAUACUGCCACAUCCGCCUGGCAGGCUCCAAGGACCCCCGGGCCUACUUCAAGACCAAGACAUGGUGGCUGGGACUGCUCUUGCUGCUGCUGGGCGAGCUGGGCGUGUUCGCCUCCUACGCCUUCGCCCCGCUGUCCCUCAUCGUACCCCUCAGUGCCGUCUCAGUUAUAGCGAGCGCCAUCAUCGGAAUCAUAUUCAUCAAAGAAAAAUGGAAGCCGAAGGACUUUGUGAGACGCUAUGUCUUGUCCUUUGUUGGCUGCGGUCUGGCGAUCGUGGGCACCUACCUGCUAGUGACAUUUGCACCCAAUAGUCACGAGAAAAUGACAGGCGAGAACAUCGCCAAGCACCUCGUGAGCUGGCCUUUUCUGCUGUACAUGCUGGUGGUGAUCGUCCUGUUCUGCCUGCUCCUGUACUUCUACAAGGAGAGGAACGCCAACAGCAUCAUUGUGAUUCUCCUCCUGGUGGCCUUGCUUGGUUCCAUGACGGUGGUGACGGUCAAGGCUGUGGCAGGGAUGCUCGUGCUGUCCAUCCAAGGCAACCUGCAGCUGGACUACCCAAUCUUCUACGUGAUGUUCGUGUGCAUGGUGGCCACUGCCAUCUACCAGGCCACGUUUUUGAGUCAAGCGUCUCAGAUCUAUGACUCCUCCUUGAUCGCCAGCGUUGGCUACAUCCUGUCCACCACUGCGGCCAUCACAGCAGGUGCAAUCUUCUACCUGGACUUCCUCGGGGAGGAAGCUCUACACAUCUGCCUGUUUGCACUGGGGUGCCUCAUCGCCUUCUUAGGUGUAUUCUUAAUCACUCGAAACAGGAAGAAGGCCAUUCCGUUCGAGCCCUAUAUUUCCAUGGACGCCAUGCCAGGGAUGCAGGACAUGCAUGCGAAAGGGACAACGGUCCAGCCUGACCUCAAAGCUUCUUUUUCCUACGGGGCCUUGGAAAACAAUGACAACAUUUCUGAGAUCUACACCCCGGCCACACUGCCCGUCAUGCAGGAGGAGCAUAGCUCCAGAAGCACCCCUGGGGUUCCCUACCGUGUCCUGGAGCACACCAAGAAGGAAUGAUCUGCCUCCCUUGGGGGUAUCCCUGCCCACAGGCCACCCACGGUUCCACCCUUUGUCCAACCUGCCUUUCAAGCAUCCCAGUUUUAAACUGAGAACUCUGCAAGAUGAUCUUGGGAGGCCCUCGUCUCUGACAGAGAAGCUGUUCAAUGACCUUGACCUUGGAAGUUUCAAAUAGUUGGGGAGUCUCCCAGGUGAGCUGUGUGGCAGGUUAGCCCAGUGGGGGUGGAAGCCGUUUUACCUCCUUGGACGGUCAGUGAGCCUCUGGUAGUGAUUGCAGGCUACCACACAUUCCUUAGAGCGGAAACAUGACAGUCUGCUCCCUCUUUGCAAACCCAGCAAAGUCGGUCUCUACCCGCCACGCACGCCUCAGCUCUACCUGGCUCACUCAUGAGUCCGUAGCUCUGACUGUAUUUAUUGGUGUCCCUUUUGCCGGGCCCAGCAGGGCCAGUCCUGAGUGGAACAAGCUGUCAUCUGCACCGUGGUGGUGUACACCGGCCUUCCUUCUGUGAAGACCUGGUGGGGAGGGUCUGCUGGGCCUGUUCUGAAAACCGGCUCAGUUCGAGUCCUGUGAAGAUGAUUUCAUUGUGUCCUCCAGCCAAAGCCACUCUGACCGGCACACCUGGCUCCUGGGAAGAGUCCAGAGCCCUCCUGCAGAUCCACAUCUAUCUCCCCCCUUCCUCUCCCUUUAGACCACCCGCUAAGCUUCAUCUGCUGUUUCCCAUCUUUGGGCCACCGGGGUCUCUGGCCUCCAGCUUGGUCCAGACAGAGCAGGUAUUUUCACACACCGGUCUGCAGCUUUCUUCCUGUCUCUUUUGUGAUUAGCUCCCCCACCCCCACCUCAGACCCUGGACCAAUAAGCGCAUUUGAGAGUGGCAGGCAGAGGCUUGCAGGCUUUUGUGGGCAUCAGAAUUCCAUAGGGAUUUGUUUAAAAUGUGGGUUCCUCACGCCACCUGUAGUGACCUGGUUCGGGGGACCUGGAGUGGGACCCAUUAUUAGUGGGCAUCACAGGAGGUCUUGAGUCCCAGAACCCAUAGAGCAGAGAGCAUUCUCCCUCAGAAGCCUUCUCAUGGGCCACUAAAUCCAGAGGGGCGACACACCCUACCAGAGGUCCAAACCUCCAAUUUCUUGCCCUCUCUGGCUUCUGUGGGCAAGCUAGAUGGCCCCCUAGGACCUGCGGCAGCCCCUACCCAGUGAACCCCACUCUAAGGUGACAGUGUUAAUAGGUCAAUGUUGACAGGCCAUCCUCGUCACAGCCCUUCCGCCCGAACAGUGCUCCGACUCCAGCACUCUGCCGCUUCCGUAUUCCAUCUUGACCAUGUCUGUAUUGUGGCUUACGUGCCUGAGGUUGGGAUGGCAGCAGAGAGAGGACUCUCCAGCUCAGCUCAGCAACACCUGAGGGGGUUUUAGCCCCUUUUUUAGCCCGCAUAGUUCUGCUCUCCAGGCCUACAGAGGGAGACACAUAAUCUUGAGUGGGGCAGGCUCUGCCACGGAGAAGCAUAGAGUCACAGAGGCCCUGGGGAGGCUGGCCCUUGAACUCAAAGGGUGUUCAGAAUUGGAGGUGAUUUUCAUGCAUUCCUAGGUGGUGGCAGAAAGAGCUAAGAUUAGAGAGUUAAAAUCAGGUUUUGCUUCUGUUCUGAUAGUGCCUGUCAGUGCCUAGCAGUGUACGCAAAGAAGUGAGCGGGGAGGGGAAGUGUGGCAAACCCAGGUGGGCACCCAUCAUUUGGGCAUGGUAUGUGUGCCCAGCCUCCCUCUGCCCCUUCCCUCCCUCUUCUCUGGGCUGUUUAGCCCUGGCCAGCCUGAGGUACACACGCACUGUAACUGCAGGAAGGCAGGCGGGGUGAGCAGUGCCACCCAGGAACUGCUUCCUGGGCCUGGGCAGCUCGAUGGCUUUUAGGUUGGGGACAGUGGCCACCCUCUUACAAGCUGGACCGUGAGAGCUGAGCAGAAAGGCCUUUGAGCUCCUGAGUGGAGAUGGGGCGGGGCCGUGGGGCAGUGGGAGACCUGUCUCCAGAGUUCCCACCCUGUCCUAGACGCCCUGCUUGCCCCCCAGGGGUCACCGGACUGUCAGCGGACAGCAGGGCUACCCACUUCCCACCCGCAGCCCUGACUGUGUUCACUCCUGGCUCUGACACCACCAGCCGCUCCCCUUCUUACCCAUGCUCACCCUGAAGACAGGCAUUCAGUAUGUAGCCCAGACUGGUCUUGAACUCCCAAUCCUCCUGCCUCAGCCUCCAGAGUGCCGGGAUUAUGGCCGUGUACUACCUUGUCCAACUCCCAUCUGAACUCUCCUGGUAACAUUAAAUGCCACGCUGCUGCUGCCUAUCUGCCAGCCACAAGGCACCCCGGUCAUCCAGUGUGGGCCAAGCUUCAUUUCUUCCAGUGUGGGCUAAGUUUCAUUUCUUCUCUUCCUCUCCCACCCCGAAGCUGGCUCGCUGUUCUGUCCGCAGGUUGGGGUUCUGGGUCAUGACUAGACAUGAGAACAAGUGUUCUUGUUCUUUGAAGAGGGGAGCCCUGACCCCAUACUGCAGCCUGAUGACACCCUCGCUUUCAGCACCGGGGUUGGGGAAUCAGUGAACUGAAUGCUGGGCCGGGCAGUGGUGGCACACCUUUAAUCCCAGCACUCAGGAGGCAGAGCCAGGUGGAUCUCUGUGAGUUCAAGGCCAGCCUGGUCUACAGAGUGAGAUCCAGGAAAGGCACCAAAGCUACAUAGAGAAACCCUGUCUCAAAACACGAAGAAGGAGGAGGAGGAGGAGGAGGAGGAGGAGGAGGAGGAGGAGGGAUUUUCCAGUGGACCCAGCCAGAUGGAGGGCACCAUGGGAAUGGAUGCAGGUGGCCUUCAGAAAAGGACUAGGCCCUCCCAACCCUGCAGUCUCACAAAUUUCAAAUGUGACCCAAUCCUAACUGACACUGGAGCCGCCUUGUAAAUGAAGUCACUCUAGAAUAUAGUCUCUAGAUGCUUAUAUUUUGUUAACAUCAAAACUAAUACAGCAUGUGUUAGUUCACAAAACUCUGUGUACUGUGUGCAGAUAACAUUAUAAAGUGGUAUUUAAUUAAAAAUCAGCAGUACCCGUGGA